UUAGCUGUAUGGAGCUAACCGGCUGAGUUACCACAGCAAGAGCAGACAUACUUCAGUGAACCACGUCUGAUAUUUAAUUUGAAGUAUAUUUUAAGUAAAGUAAGAUGGCUAAGAAGAGAAGCAGAGCCGGUGAAUCAGAUAACACUUCUCUGUUACAGGAAGAAUCGACAACGAAAGAAACUCAGUUUCCCAAAGGAACUCAGUAUGCUGGUGGUUCUGCACGCAUGUCCUUCCUCAUCCUGGUUUCAAUAUUUGCCUGUGCUGCCUCUGUCAUGUAUUUAGUUUACAGAAAUUUUCCUGAACUAAGCGAAGAUGAAAGGGAGAAGAUUAAAAUCCCAAAAGACAUGGACGAUGCUAAAGCACUGGGUACCGUCCUCUCCAAAUAUAAGGACACCUAUUACACCCAAGUGCUUUUAGCAUAUUUUGCUACCUAUGUUUUUCUUCAGACAUUUGCCAUUCCAGGUUCAAUUUUUCUAAGUAUACUAUCGGGUUAUCUGUACCCCUUCCCCUUGGCCUUGUUCUUGGUUUGUCUGUGUUCAGGUCUGGGCGCAUCUUUCUGCUACAUGUUGUCAUAUUUAGUCGGCAGACCCGUGGUUUACAAGUACCUCACAGAGAAAGCUCAGAAAUGGUCUCAACAGGUUGAUAAACACAGAGAACACCUCAUCAAUUACAUCAUCUUCUUAAGAAUAACCCCUUUCCUUCCAAAUUGGUUUAUUAACAUCACCUCCCCUGUCAUCAACGUGCCUCUGGGAGUCUUCUUCUUUGGGACAUUCCUUGGGGUGGCUCCUCCAUCUUUUGUUGCGAUAAAUGCGGGUACGACGCUGUACAAGCUGGCCACAGCAGGAGAGGCUGUGUCCUGGUAUUCUUUGGCAGUGCUGGCAGUUUUGGCUGUGGUUGCUAUUCUUCCGGUCUGCUUCCAAAGAAAGCUGCAGCAAAAGUUGGAUUAGUUCAACACCAAAUUGUCUUUCACAUUAUCUUGUUUUGCUUCCUUUUGUCAUAAUUGCAAAAACAGGCCUUUUUACUGAUACAAAUGGGCCCCGAACUGUUAUACUCAGACGGGUUUAAACGCUUUUGUUUUUUCCUCCACAUGGAACUAAGGUUUGUAGAUUUUUAACAAUGACGUAUGGCAUUUAUGUUCCUGUGUUCAGUUGAUAUUGUUUUGUUAUAACUUAAAAAGCAAUACUUUUUGAGCCAUUUCGAAAUGAGUUGCAUUAAUAGAAACUAUGUUUAUUUUA